UUCGUCCAAAUGGGACUGUUUUGCGAGCUACCGUUUGGCCAUCGUUAACCUCGCCGAUGAUUCCAAGUCCAUUCAUCGGGAUUCCUAGCACCGGUUUUCCACUAAAAAGAAAUCCCAUGGCUGGUGCGAUUUCACCCCUUCCUCUUCUGUUUUGGAUUCCAAAUUAGGUUAUAUGUUUAAUAACGACGCCUUAUUGUUCACCGCUGAUAUCUUAAUCCAUGAACCAAGCUCGCGAGACUGGGUUGGCAACGAACCCAGGCGCGAGCUGGGUUCUCUCUCUCAGUCUCUCUCCCUCUCCCGAAUACAAACAAUGGCGCCUUCUGUGGUUAUGCUCUGCUUUGCUCCUUUGCUCUUGCUUUCCGUGCUAGUGAAUGCGAGAAUCCCAGGGGUUUAUAAUGGUGGGUCGUGGCAGAGCGCCCAUGCCACUUUCUACGGUGACAAUGAUGCCUCUGGGACUAUGGGUAUGCCUUUUUUUUCUUCUAAUCUCUACAAUGAGACUUUGUUUCGUGUCCUUUCUUGCUUGUUGCUUUCAUCCCAGAUAAACCCAUUUCUCAUAUCGUUUUUGUAGCAAAUCCCAUUUGCAAUUCUUCGAUUCACAGCUGAAAAUGUUGAAAAAUCGACUCAAAUUAGUUCAUAAACCAUAGCAUUUGAU